AUGGAGAAUAAGAAGACUAAAGGACGUCAAAAGAUACCAAUGAAAAAAAUAGAAAAUGAAAAGGCCUUGUUAAGUUCAUUUUCAAAGCGCCGUAAUGGUUUGUUCAAAGCAGCGAAUAAUCUCGUAAAAAAAUUUGAUGUAGACAUUGGAAUAAUAGUGUUUUCUCCUACUGGUAAGCCUCAUUCAUAUUUUCAUCCUACAGUUGAUGCAGUCAUUUCUCGUUUUCAGAAUCCUGAUAUGCAGUUAAGUGAUGAAACUCACCUGGCCAUGAUUUUUGCUCGAAAUUCGGUGAAUCAACUCGAAAAAAAGCUUGAAGAACUUGACAUCCAAGAAAAAAUUGAAAUUGAUCGAACAAAUUAUCUUGACCAAAUGACAGAAACUAGACAGAAAGGUUGGUGGGAAUCAAUUGAGCAACUUAAUGAAGAUGAAGUGUCCAAGUUUGAAGAAUGGUUGAAUGUUGCUAGUUUUACUAUGCACUACCGUUUGAACCAAUCAAUUGUGUCAUCCUAA